GCGCAUCCCUAGAUGUCUCCGCAUCGGAUAGAUAGACUCCCGAUGAAGAAUCCUAGAACUCAACAACCCGUCAAAUUCCUCCGCCCGAAAAAAUCCUCGCUCCUCAAAGACCACCGAGCCUCUAUUCCGCUACUCUGCUUGAUACCACCUCACCACACUAUCGCAUUUGACGUCUAAAUCACGCAGUCCGACGAGGCGAAACCCCAGCCACAGCUAUGUCAUCAGCAACCAAUCAGCAGGAUGCAAAGAUUACAGUAUACUGGCUGGAAAAAUCUCGUGCACAACGAAUCAUUUGGCUUCUGGAGGAGCUCAAGGUUGACUAUGAGCUGAAGGUCUUCAGGCGCGGGAAGGAUUUCCUGGCGCCUCCGGAGCUCAAAGAGGUUCACACUCUUGGAAAGUCUCCAGUCGUUGGAAUCCAAGCCGCUGGAGCUGAGAAGCCUGUAAUCCUUGCGGAGAGUGGCACAAUUGUUGAAUAUCUUACCGAGCACUUUGGCAGUUGGAUGAUCCCUAAACGAUAUCCCGAUGGGAAGGAAGGGGUCAUUGGAGCAGAGACGGAGGAGUGGUUGAGAUAUCGUUACUUAAUGCAUUAUGUGGAGGGCAGCUUAAUGACCAUCCUCCUUUUGGCCCUAGUGACUCAAAACAUUCGUAACGCUCCCGUGCCGUUCUUCUUGAAGCCGAUUACACGAGGCAUUGCCAACAAGAUUGAUGGAUCAUUCGUUAAUCCGGAACUGAAGAAUCAUAUGACGUUCUUGGAAGAAUAUCUUGCUACGUGUCCGAACAAUGGAGAGUUUUGGUGCGGCUCGACUCUCACAGGGGCCGACUUCAUGAUGACCUUUGCGCUCGAAGGCGCGAACGUCCGAGCAGAAAUGGAGACGAAAUAUCCGAAACUGUACAAUUAUUUUAGGAUGAUCCAGGCGCGAGACGCAUACAAGCGAGCUGGAGAAAAAGUUUCUGAAGCGAGCGGGGACAAGUACAUACCGUUCUCGGAUCUUAAGCUGUAGUUGCAGAAGCGCGACGUCUGAAUAGUUAUUAGUCAAGCCGCAGUUGUGCUGAAUCACGUCACAGAUGCAGAAUGUUCGAACCGUCCAGACACAUGUCCCUGAAUUUUCGGUAAUGGGCGAGAGGAAAAGAUUUGUAAAUACAACCGUUGCUUUCCAACGAAUUUCUCGUAACGACCAAUACAAUGUAUUCACUGUUCGGCUCGGAUCUGAGCGACGGUGUUUAGGAGCUCGGCCUCCCGAGUGACGACAAU